AUGACGAACUUUAUGUGCUACGAUAUCCAGACGCCGUCGAGCUCGGAUGCGUCCUGGUCCCGCAACAGCACCGUGCUCGUGUGCCCACCAGCGUCGCGACACCCCACCUGUCGCACCUGCCACAAGCGGAUUGACACGGUGCGCAUUGGCAUCAUUUACACGCACAUGGACGGCUACAUUUUGAUGCGCUGGUACCACGUGGGCUGCAUCGCACCGCCGGACGACCUCAUGGCCCAUGACAUUGAAGGUCUCGGCGAGCGCGCCAUGCGCCCGUAUCGCGCGUGCAUCUUUGAGUGGCUCGGUCGCAAGACGACCAAGCCUCGCAAGCUACCACCAAGCUUGCUGCUGGGUUACCCUAAACCUCCGCUUGCGCCACCCGCCCAUCGACCUCUUCCGAUGAAAUCGCCUCGCCACCAUCCGUCGACGCGACGCUCGAUCCUCGAAUCUUAUUUGCACGACAAGGGCCAUCUUCAGCCGUCGUUGGUGCCGCCGUGUCUCUAAGUCGUCUCUCGCCUUCCUAUUACAAGCCCGCUUCUCACUCUACCGCUGGAGAACUAUCUAUUAAUUUAAAUUCAAAUAUAACGUUAU